AAGACGGCUACUUGCCGACUAUCGGUCUCCAGUCAUGCCGGUGUUUAGCCUUAGAUGGGAAUUUACCCUUGGGCUGCAUUCCCAAACAGCCCGACUCUGUAUCGUCACAGAGGAACGUCAUCGCCGCUUAGCGGAGAGCCGCUGUUUCUACUGCUGCGAAGCGGGACAUUUCCUAGCAACCUGCUCGUCAAAAGCAGAUCCAACAAGCAGGAGAAAAGCUUCGGUGAGCCCUUCACGUGUUUCUAUCCACCCCGCACGCACCGUGACGCAGGCAACAUUGCACUUCCAGGGCCGUAACAAAUCCGUUGGUGUCAUGAUUGAUUCAGGGGCUGAUGAAAGCCUAAUGGAUUGGGCUUUAGCAAAAAAAUGGGGCCUACAAAGUGAGGCCUUGAAUCAACCCCUUGACGCCGGAGCGCUUGAUGGCAAGCACUUGUUUAGUGUGACUCAUGUUUCCGAACCCAUAACCUUGAAAAUGAUAGAUGGGCAUUCUGAAGAAAUCCGGUUCCAUCUUUUCCAUUCUGCACAAUACCCUCUCAUCCUGAGUUUUCCCCGGUUUGUUAAACACAACCCUCACAUGGACUGGAAGCUGGGUACGGUACUAGAGUGGGGGGGAACAGUGCUGGAAAGACUGCUUCUAGAAUGUGAAACAUUAAAACUGUUCAGACUAUCCGGGCACUUAGACUUCCAUUCUGUGUCAAACAGCUGAACAGGACAGGUUAAAAAAAAAAAAAAAAAAGAAUGUUAACGAAUCAACUGACACUAUUGUUGAUCAAGACCUUUAUCCCAAUCUGUCCAAAGUUCCUGACUGCUAUCUUGAUUUAAAAGUGUUUAACAAGGCCAAGGCCACUUCUCUUCCUCCCCACAGACCCAGUGACUGUGGCAUUGAGCUCCAGCCGGGUGCGGUCAUCCCAAAGGGGCGCAUCUACGCCAUCUCUGGACCUGAGAGAGAGGUCAUGAACGAAUACGUCACGUCUUCUCUAAAGGCAGGACUCAUCUGGCCCUCAUCUUCACCAGCGGGGGCAGGUUUCUUCUUUGUACAGAAGAAAGAUGGAACACUGCGUCCAUGGGGCCAAGAUUUUCACAAAGUUGGACUUGCGCAAUGCCUACCACCUGGUGAGAAUUCGUGAGGGGGAUGAAUGGAAAACAGGCUUCAACACACCUACAGGACAUUACGACUACCUCGUUAUGCCUUUUGGGCUGACUAAUGCUCCAGCGGUAUUUCAGGGACUAGUCAACGAUGUCUUGAGAGAUUUCCUGAACAUCUUCGUCUUUGUGUACCUAGAUGACAUUCUGAUUUUUUUCCCGAGAUGAGGAGACCCACAUUCAACAUGUUCGACUGGUAUUGCAGAGACUUUUACAAAAUAAGCUGUUUAGGGCUGAGAAAUGCGAAUUCCACAUCACCACAAUCUCCUAUCUCGGUUUCAUCAUUGAACAAGAGCAGACAAAGAUGGACCUCGCUAAGAUCAGCACAGUGAUUAAUUGGCCAACACCCACUAGCAAAAAGCAGGUCCAACAAUUCUUGGGCUUCGCAAAUUUUUACAGACGUUUCAUCAGGAAUUUCAGCUCCGUGGCUGCACCGCUCCAUGCCCUGACCUCAGCCAAAGUACUCUUCGAGUGGAACCCACAAGCUGCCAUGGCGUUCCAACGGCUGAAGGAGUUGUUCACGUCUGCCCCUAUCCUCACUGUUCCAGAGCCAUGGCGCCAGUUCAUUGUCGUAGAUGCAUCCAACGAGGGCUUAGGGGCAGUCUUGUCUCAACGCUCUGCCGGCACAGACAAGCUUCAUCCUUGUGCCUUUUUGUCACGCAAAUUCUCGUCGGCUGAACGGAAGUACGACUUUGGUGAUUGCGAGCUCUUUGCCGUUAAGGCCGCUCUAGAAGAGUGGAGACACUGGUUAGAGGGCGCUGAACACCCAUUUAUUGUUUGGACUGACCACAAAAACUUUGCAUAUGUCAGAAAAGCUAAGAGGCUAAGUGCACGUCAGGCCAGGUGGACCUUGUUUUUCAACAGAUUCACCUUCAUACUGUCUUAUCGACCCGGUUCAAAGAAUGGUUAACCCGAUGCCUUGUCUAGACUGUUUCCACUUACAGACAAUCCCAAAGAGCCUGAGCACAUCCUGCCUUUGAAUCGUGAGGCUGAGGCCGUUACCUGGCAGAUCGAGUCCGUAGUCAAGCAGGCCAACCGACAGUGGAUGUCCUACCCCCAGCGGCUGCCCUUCGGAUCGUCUGUUUGUGCCUGAGAGUGUGAGGUCCAAGAACAUUCAUUGGGCUCACACGUCUCUACUUACGUGUCAUCCAGGGGUGAAGCGCACGAUGUAUAUCAUCAAACAGCGGUUCUGGUGGCCAUCCAUGGAAAAAGAGAACUGACUGUUGAGUUCUUAGGCCCAACGUGCACACAGCACCACCUACCAACAAGGAGGGAAGGAACGCUGCGCUCCAACGCCGGAUUUAGGCGGAAACAGGACGAACGUUUUAGUGAAUACAAGCAGGCAGGAGUGUCUCAAGAGUGAUUUGGUUCAGGAUUAAAAGUUGUUUGUAUGCAGCAUCCACGUGGCUCCCCAACGCAAGCGCAGCUGCCAUUUUCGCCUGGCCUAAGGAUAAGGUCUAAUCUGCGGCGACAUCCACCCAAGAGAAAAGAGGGCGGUCGGACAUUAAAGUUUGGCCUUUAACCUUACAUCAAGUCAUGUACAUUUCCCAACUGUGGUGCGUGAGAGUAACAAGGCAACAAAAAACUGGAGCUGAUAAACCCCAAAAACUGAACCAUCGAUCCAUUUUCCCCUCACCCCCCCGCCUGCUGGUGCCCUCUCUGUAACCCCGUGAUGGCACCCACCCCUGUUCACCCCCUUUCCACCUGACCAGCCAAUAGGACCAGGCAGGCUGGUCUGGGUGUGGGCUGAGCUGAAGGAGGAGGUAGCAAGGUAGGGAGGGUGGGGGACUGACCGGACAGGACCUAACACCCGACUAGUCAGCCAGCCAGCCAGACGGGCAGCAGGCAGCAACGAGAAACAUUUCGCAAGCUGGUGAAGAUUCCGCCGUCUUCUUCAAUGGAUCUACUCAGUUUCAGGUUCCACUACACCUGAGAGGAAAAGCCGGGAGACCGAUCCCGGGUGACUUUCGGUGGGGGAGAAUGCUUAAGGAGAUGGAUGAGCAAGAGGAGAUGGCGAGGGGCCGGGCGGGAAGCUGCGUGGAGUUUCACAGCCUCAGGAAGAUGAAGACCCUGGCUCAGAGAAGACAAUCUGCUCCCUCACUGGUCAUCAGCAAAGCAUUGACCAGAUCCAGGAGCACAUCUAGGGAGAGCUGCAUGAUCCCUGUGAGCCCGGAGUCUUGCGGUCUGGUCCAGAGCUUCCUCAGCGAGUGUCCAGGCCGAGCCUUCCUGGGUCACGUUCAAGUCCACAUGAAGACAGGCCUGCAGACCCAGGACAGACAUCUCUUCCUUUUCACUGACACGCUCAUCGUCACCAAAACCAAGUCACCCUCUCAUUUCAAAGUGAAGGCGCGAGUGCGCGUGUGCGAGAUGUGGACAGCGGGCUGCGUGGAGGAAGUGUGCGAGGGGAGCACCAACCCCGAGAGGAGCUUCGUGCUGGGGUGGCCCACCUGCAACUGUGUGGUCACUUUCAGCUCCGAAGAGCACAAGGAGAAGUGGCUGAUGCUCAUCAGAAGUCGCAUCAAUGAGGGUAAAGACAAGGACGACCCCAAAACGGUCCCUCUCAAAAUAUUUGCCAAGGACAUUGGAAACUGCGCUUAUGCCAAGACUUUAGCGGUCAACAACAUAGACAACACCAACGACGUCAUCAGAAUGGCACUUAACCAGUUCGGCAUUGACGGCCACGUGAAGGACCACCGAUUGUGGGUGAGCUCCAGCAAGGAUGAACCUCCGUACCCUCUGAUUGGCCAUGAGUUCCCAUUCAGCAUCAAGAUGAGUUACAUUCGAAACGGCGUUAACGGCGGUCCCGACAUUACCAGUCCGUGCGAUUGUCCAGAGGUUCUGCUGCUGGACCGAUGUCUGCCUGCCGAAACUCGCUGCCACUUCAUUCUCAAGCCCAGCAGAGUCACGCACGGCAACUACACGCUCAUCGACGCCGCCCAGUCCAAGUCGUUCAAGCGUAAACGCUCAUUGAUCAACUGGCCCUUCUGGAGGGGCUCCAGUAACCAUUUGGACGUGGCUCCUCCACUCAGCCCCACCUCGCCAGUCCCCAGCCCGGGUCACCUGUUUGGACAGCCUCUUGCUUCUGUCUGCUCAGUCGACGCCGGCUUGCCUAAACCCGUCAUGGACAUGCUAGUCUUCCUUUACGUGGAAGGGCCAUACACCCGUGGAGUAUUCCGGCGCUCGGCAGGGGCAAAGGCCUGCCGAGAGUUGCGUGAGCGACUUGACGCCGGGAGGGACGACGGCGAGAUCACCCAUCAGUCCGUGUUUGUCGUGGCCGCCGUCCUCAAGGACUUCCUUCGCAGCCUCCCUGGCAGCCUGCUUUGCUCGGAACUUUAUGAUCAAUGGACAGCGGCCAUGGAGAACGAAGGAAGCAGCGAUGUGAUCGGCGAGAUCCAAAGACUACUGCGCCUGUUGCCAGCGGAGAAUUUUCUGCUAUUGCGCCAUGUCGCCGCCGUGCUGCACCGCAUUCAAGGGUACGCCCACGACAACCAGAUGAAUGCCUUCAACCUGUCCGUCUGCAUCGCUCCCAGCAUGCUUUGGGCUUCCACACCGGGGACCCCUGAGAUGGAGGGAGAGGGUGCUAAGAAGGUGUGUGAGCUAGUGCGCUUCCUCAUUGAGAACUGCACUGCUGUGCUGGGCGAUGACGUCACCAACCUGUUUUCCGCCUUCAGCCCGAAGUGUGGCGGCAGCGAGCAUGGCUCCGACGCAUCAUCAUUCCAAAUGAACGACUCGUCGUACGACAGCCUGGAAAAUGAGCUGAAUGACGAACCCGAGUCCCCGUGCCAGGAACAGCUCCCUCUUCGCGAAAAACGCGACAAGCCCGACAGCCGUAGCCGCGACUCGGUCCUCACGCUCAGCGACUGCGAAGCUGACGGUGAAGGUCGCGGCGACGACCUCUUACUGCAGCUACCGCCCCUAGCCAGGCCCCGCCGCUUCAGCCCCGUUGUCCGCCAACCCCGCACCCGUUACACCAACGGGGCUCCUUCACAGGGCGCCAACCGGCGGCUGAGGCGGAGCUCGGAGCCCGCCCUAGCUGCCCUCGCGGGGGGGAGCCUCCCGCUACGCAAGGCUAGCUAUGAUGCCGCCAUGGAAGGUGAGGAAGAAGAGGAAGAAUUCCUGGAGAAGGAGAUGAACGGGCUCCAUCUGAAUUCGGAGGGGGACCAUAACAGUGCGCGGCGGAAGAAUAAGCACAUCCCCCCACCCCCAUUGCGAUUGGACGCUAGCUGCUCUAGCCUCUCUUCACCUGCCACCUCACCCACUGGCUCUUCUCUCAGCUCCUUAGACUCCGCUUUCUCGCAGUACUCCACCGAUUACAGUGCCGUCCCGAUGGGCGACGUCCCCCUCCGUUCCCCACGGUGCUCCCCACCGCAGAAGGAUCCCCGCCCUGGCCACGGUGCCCACCCCAACACUUGGCUCAAAAAGGACAGACGCCUCUCCCUUAAGCAGCCCCUAAACGGACACACGAGUGAGGUUUCAUCGCCUGCUGGGGCACAAAGUGGGACGCCCAACUGUCGGUCCAGCAGUCCUCCAUCCUACCAGCAGGCACUUCUUCAACUACAACGCACCUCAGCCUUCUACAAGGGGGCGGACAAAACUCUGACUGUACAAGAGCUACGAAUCCUCCAAGACGCACCUAACGCUGGAUCUGACGCCGCCCAGCCCCCCAUGGGUGUCUUCUAUGGACAAAGCGCCACCACUCUCGUACUGAAACGCCAGAAGUCCCACUCUCUGACGCCGCCCAUCCAGAGCCGGACGCUCCCCCGCCGUCGGUCAGAGCCGUCAUGCAUGAACUCCAAAACGUCCACCCUUGAGAGACCCCGAGGUCGCCUCAGGGUGUCAAACGUGGAGCCCCUGUCACCCUCAGCUAACCGCACUGUGAGGGACUACUUUUCUGCGAGUGGGGACACGGCGGGCUGUGCACACCACAGCCAGGAGGUGGCGCUGGCCAUCGCCCAAGCCAAGAGAGAGUGGCACAGUCAGCAGUGUAGCGAGCCCCCCCGAUUGGAUGAUUUUGACCAGCUCUUCUUUGCUGAAGAGUCAUACGUGUAACUACCAACUUUGUACAGACUAAUUUUUUAAUCUUUUUCUUACUGUUGUCUAUGUUGUGUGUUUACGGUACCAGGGUGGGAGCUUUUUUUGACUUUUUAAAAGGUACACAUGCACUUCCUGCUUCCCGCCAAAAUAUAAGGUGGAUUUGGUUUGACAAAUGAACAGAAGUCACAAAAAGUGGUGCCAUUUUGGUUAGGUUACUGGUAUACAUGCACUUCCAAAAUGCCAUCCGCAUUCUGCUAGAAUAAGAAUUUGCUUUGAGAUGCUGACAUGUAAAAAGCAUGUUAGAGGCAAUGUUGGUUUGUUUAAAAAAAAAAAAGGUAACCGAUACAAAUGUGGUUCCUGCUUUUGUGUUCUGCUAAAAUAAGAGCAUAGAAGGCUCAGAUUUUUAUACUGGUUUGUUUACAAUUUCGUAAAAAUCGGUUAGUCCAAAAUGACAAAAGAAAAACCCUUCCCCAUUCCUGGGAAGGCAUCCUGCCAAAUUAUGAGCAUAAAACACUGUAAACAUUGAAUUUAAAAAUGGCAAAACGCCAAAACUCAUUUUUUUAAGAUAAAACUAAGAGUUUACUAAGUUGAAGUGCACGUCCCAUGUGUCCUUUUACAUGAGCACUCAACAAAAUAUGAGCAUGCAGUUGCCAAAAAGCACUCCAAAAUGAAAUUGGCCUUUUAAUCAUUGGAAUAAUUCUUAGUCUUAACCUUUUGCUCCCUUGAACCAAACUGGUGGGUAUUUAUUUAUUUGUAGUAAUUAAUACCCAUCCUUCUGAACAAGUGUGUUGAACGUCCUAAUUUGGGCAUUCAUGGAGGAAUUUUCCAUUGUAUUGCCAUGUAUUGUAAAUAAACUCUUACAAUUGUAUUGCUAGUUUCCCUCUACAAAGUUGUUUGUAUUUAUAAUCCAGAAAUACAUAUAAAAUAAAUAUGUCUAUGAUCUUUGCUAUGUAAUAAAAUCAAAUUGUAUUUUUGUACAUGUGCUGCUGCUGUCGCCAUAGAGCCUAUAUUUGCUACAUAUUUCUAUGUCUAUUGUGUACAAUAUUUGAAUAAAGUGCUCAUGUAAGAAUUAUUUCUGGUUUCUGGUAGAGCUACUCAUUUUUGGUCUGCUUUUGUACGAUCAUGCAAUCUUUAUUUGCCAUGUCCAUUUUUUUUUGCAGUUUACACAUUGAAAAAGUGUCAAAAAAAUGCCAACUGCGCGUUCAUGCGUGGUUUUUAGGCCUCAAGGCGGUUUCAUAAUGAUGCCGUUAAACAGGCAGGACUAAGUGACAAAAACAAAGUAUGGUCGCCGCCAGAUUUACGGCAUCAACUUUUUAAAAACGUCCCCCUUUGAACUGCGCUCAUGUGUACGAACACCACCCAAUAGGUUGCUACAGGCUACUUGCGAACAUGAUCUUAAUAUAAUCAGUGUGAUACACUCAGCCCCCAGUUGACAUGCUCAAAAAUUGAACUUCUAUCUGAAUAGUAAAGGCAAUGUCCUGUAUGCCAAUGCAGUAUAUCCAUCUUCUCCCGCUUAUCAAAGGGGCAGCAGAUUAUAACACUAGCACCCACAGCAUUGGUAGGACUACUUUCAAAAUAUAGACAAGUUUCCGAGGUACUUCUGCUUUACUUCCGCAUGUCUGCUACCAACUUCCGUUUUAGAACUUCUCCAUCCAAAACAAAAGUGGAGCUGGAGUAACAUUACUCAUCAAAAUCCUUUAAAAAAGAAUAUUUUGAAAUACCGCAUCCCUCUGCCAUCAUCACGACAGGAAGACACCAUGUUCAUGAAGGCAGAUGUGGAACCAAGCUCGUGCCACCACCGGGUGCUUUUGUAACCAUGUUGCCUCUGUGUUAUGGAAGGUAUGGUCUUCAUAUCCCUGCAUUUUCAUGUGUCCGGUACUCCAAAAAUACUAAAGCUUAAAUCUUGCGCAUUAAAUGACAAUGAUGAUUGUAAUUAUGAUCUUUAAAAGUAUUUACUACAACUACCCGGGGGCAGCUGAGAGAGUGGGACAGAUGGUGGCUCGCCUCGCGGCGGACCGUCAGCUCGAUCCCGUGAUCCAACCACAAGCUUU